CCCAUGCUAAUAUGGCACCUCCUUUCUAGAUAUCUGUCUGAUGGCGGAGUGAAGAUUUAAAUCUUGGUCUCUGAGGUCCUUGUCUUACAUUCUACCCAUCAUCUCUGUGAUUUACCACUUUGUAGAAUUGUCAGGAUACAUAACCGCCAUCUGUUCAAAUAGGCAUCGGUAUCCAAGCUUUGGUCUUUGGAACUCCAGGCAGGAGAUCCUAAAGGCUUUAUUUUGUCACAAGCUCCAACUUCAGACUGCUUAUGGCAAUUGAUAGAUAAGGUCUUGGCUUCUGGUUGUCAUGACAAAAAAUGUAGCCUGAUAUGGAUAGUCUUGCUGUCCUAGAAGCUUUCUUUCAAGCGCCACUAGGCAUCUCAUUGGUAGAUAUUGGCCAUCUAUAAUAGUUUGGCUUUCUUCUUUUUGUGAAGUGUGUUCCAUUCUAUUUGCUAGCCCUGCUGAGUUGUUGACAGUGGUAGCUGACAGGGUGGAUUUGAUUUAAAUCAAACUGAUUUAAAUCACUAGUCAGUAAGGCUUGAUUUAAAUCAUAGUUGAUUUAAAUCAUAAAGACUAAUUCUUGCUGGUAUAAAUUUAAUAUGCAAGUAGAUGAAGAUUUUUAGAAUAACAACUUUUCAUAUUAGUUUUUUUAUCCCCAGUUUAAUAGGUUAAUCAUUCAUAUUUGGACAACUUUACUGUUGUACUUAGGAAGGAGAAAAAUAAUCAUUACCUUAAUAAUAACAAUUUAAAUAGAUUUAUUCAACUGAAACAAUAACAUUUCAGCAAAUGUUAUUUGCUUAAACAAACAUCCAUGUUUGUUAACUAAUUUGGCUAAACAAAAACAAAAUAUAUAUAUUUUAAGAAACUUAGACUGUCAGCCCAGCCUACACAUGAAAAACUUAAAUACUGUCCACUCCAAACAAUCAGAAAAAUAUUGUUUCUAUUCUAUUCACUGAACUUCUUGAAACUUAGCACUGAAGGGGUUGCUUCUGUAUUCAUAGGUUUGUAGAACAAUAGGAUUAAGGUCUUUUUCUCAACUCUGUUCAUGUUAUAACAUUUUUGCUGUGAAGAAGGGGCAUGUGAUCUCUGUUGAGUCAAAUUCAGUUUUGAGAACUGCAAAAGUAAACCAAGCACCUGUGAUAAUAUCUUGUAGGCAGAGAAACUGCCCAAUAAUCUUACAAAAACCUCUGGAAGAGCAUGACAUUGUGAAUGGAUUAAUGGAAUUUAUUUACCCCCAAAAUUAAACAUAUACAACCUUAUACUACAUAAUUAAAAAACUAAUCUUUAUUUCAUGAUGGAAUAACCUUUGGAUGGUAAUAUGUUUUCCUCAAAAAGCAUUUUAUUUAAAAAAAUCCAAUUUAAAUCAAAAAAAUCCGAUUUAAAUCAAAAAAAUCCGAUUUAAAUCAAAAAAAUCCGAUUUUUUUGAUUUUUUUAAAAAAAUCAUUGAUUUUUAUCCACCCUGGUAGCUGAUAACCCCUGAAACCAGAGGGACCAUAGCUACAAGGCCCCACUCUUGUUAAUCCGCUCCUAUUUCACUUUCCCUUGGUUUCUGCUGCACCCCAUCUCUGUCCAUGAAAGCCUGCAUCCUCAGCCAUGAGAACUAAAUAGAAUUUCUGUUUAGGAAAACUCUAAAUAGAACUCCGCAGUGGCUCCUGGUGGAAGUGGAAUGCUAACUCGAUGAGGCAAUUGCCCAAAAUCUCAAAGUGAGCAGAGGGUGGAAUAUGAGCAUCAAAUAUCACACCUUCCAAAGUAACUUGCCCUUCAGUUUCUCUGAAACAGUAAAAUCUUACCCAGAUUCUUCCCCCACCCCCGCAACACCCCAGACAAACUUAUUUAUCCCCCCCCCCGGGAAUAUCUCAUUUCCCCCCCUCUUUACCACUUGUGCAGGCCUCCUCCAUUGAAGCCUAAUCCUUUCCCCUCACUUUCCCCACACUAGUUUAAAGGCAGGUCUUGGAGAGCAAAGAAGGUGUAUCUGUUAAUCCAGAUGUUACCAAUUACCAUUGAAUUGCAGGUUCAUACAGGUAUUUGCAGUGUUGUGACUUGACAGAUCUGUGUGGAUCUCUGCUUACCUUUGAUACUUGUCUAUGACUGCAAAGCCGACACUUGUAAUUGAAAUGACAUUUGAAGCACAUGUUUUUGCACUUAAAAUAAAUUACAAUUAAUAUAUUACUGUUUCAGAUGGUAUAAGUUAAUAGAGGAUUUCCGCUUCAGUUGCCACCACCUGUUGUAUACAUGUAGUUGGCACGUCUCCUCUUCAAAACCAGAAUGAUUAAUUUUGGCUAGUAAUCCUGCUGAAGUAUCCCAUGGAUGCUGUUUGUCUUUGCUAGUUCAGUGGACCAGUGCAACACUCUGCACAGUCUAUAAAUAAUGAAGCUUUGGCUUCCCUUGAGAACAUCCUGCAUUAUUAAUGUUGAGUGUAUAAAAAUCUGAGCGGUUUGUUUAGUUUCACUAUUCCAUAUAUUUUUCUAAUGGGAAUAUGAGGAGGUCUUUGUUUUCCAGUAACCAGUGUGCAAAUGCACCAUCCAUCAUCUUUUGCAGAGCGGCAAGGGUGGGCAGGAACUUUGUGGAGAGGAACAGCAGGCAGAACACCCUGUUAAACUCAGUGCUCACUCCUCAGAUUAUCACUUUUUUUUGGUAAAAGACAUCCUCUGGCACUUGAAUAAAAAAAAGGUUGAUGGCCGAAAGGCUACCCCAUCCAUGAUUGAUCGACUGCAGAGACAAAUCAUUGUAGCAGACUGUCAAGUUUAUCUUGCUGUGCUUUCUUUUGUGAAACAAGAACUCUCGGCUUAUAUAAAAGGUGGGUGGAUCCUUAGAAAAGCUUGGAAAAUCUACAAUAAAUGCUAUACAGACAUUAAUACACUUCAGGAAUUAUAUCAGAAGAAGAUAACUCAGGAAUCCUUGACUUCUUAUGCUGCAAAUGAUAAUCAUGUUGCUGCAGAAAGCAUAACGGAGGAUUCACUAAACCGUCUGAAAGGUGCUGUUAGCUUUGGAUAUGGACUUUUUCAUCUUUGCAUAUCCAUGGUGCCCCCAAACCUGCUCAAAAUCAUCAACCUGCUGGGUUUUCCUGGAGACCGCCUGCAGGGGCUUUCUUCACUGAUAUAUGCAAGUGAAAGUAAGGACAUGAAGGCCCCUUUAGCUACAUUAGCCUUGCUGUGGUACCACACUGUGGUUCGUCCUUUUUUUGCUUUGGAUGGCAGUGACACCAAAGCAGGAUUGCAAGAGGCUAAAGACAUUCUCCAGAAAAAAGAAGCUGCUUAUCCAAACUCAUCUCUCUUUAUGUUCUUCAAGGGAAGAAUACAGCGUCUAGAGUGUCAAAUCAACAGUGCCUUGACCUCCUUUCAUACUGCUUUGGAACUGGCAACUGAUCAGAGAGAGAUUCAGCAUGUCUGUCUAUAUGAAAUUGGGUGGUGCAGCAUGAUAGAAAUGAACUUCAAGGAUGCAUUUGAAUCCUUUGAGCGUCUUAAAAAUGAAUCAAGAUGGUCCCAAUGCUACUAUGCCUAUUUGACAGCAGUGUGUCAAGGUGCCACUGGUGAUGUGAAUGGAGCUCAGAAUGUGUUCAAAGAAGUCCAGAAGCUUUUUAAAAGAAAAAACAAUCAAAUUGAGCAGUUUUCGGUCAAAAAGGCAGAUAGAUUUAGGAAGCAGAAACCAACCAAGCAACUCUGUAUACUGGCAUCCAUUGAAGUAUUGUAUUUAUGGAAAGCUCUUCCAAACUGCUCCUUCCCAAACCUACAGCACAUGAGUCAAGCUUGCCACGAAAUUGAUGAUUCCACUGUUGUUGGUUUAAAGAACUUGCUACUUGGGGCCAUACACAAAUGCUUAGGAAAUGCUGAAGAUGCUGUUCAGUUCUUUCAACGAGCCCUUAAAGAUGAACUGUGCCGCCAAAACAAUUUGUAUAUCCAACCCUAUGCUUGCUAUGAACUUGGCUGUCUCUUGUUAGAAGACCCACAGACAGUACCAAGAGGCAAAGCCUUACUGCUUCAGGCAAAGGAGGAAUUCACAGGGUAUGAUUUUGAGAACAGAUUGCAUGUCCGCAUACAUGCAGCGUUAGCCUCUCUAAAAGAAGUGGUCCCCCAGUGAUGGGCAGGAUGCCUCAACUCUUUCUUCACCCUGUUUCUGCACUCGGAGCAAAAUGGUUAGGAAGACCAGCUUCUCUACUGAAAACAACCACCAGUGCCAGAGACACUUUCCCCACGACAUCUAGAGUUGGUGGCAGAAAAACAUUACCAUCUUCAAUGGUUAAGGGCAAAAUUAGCCAAAAAGAAAAAUUAAGUGUCCUAGGGCCUAAUCCAGUAGCAAUUUCUCUUGCACAAGUCCUAAUUAAGUGAGUGGGAGCUAGAAGUUGCCUAACUCCUGGGAUAGAUUUGUGAAAGCCUGGGGCGGGGGGGGGGGGGACUGGAAAAUUGGGUUAGGUCGUGGAGAGGCAGUUGUUACUCAGUUAUUCCAUCCCCCACCACCUCUCUCUUGUCUUCAUAUCUCUACUCUGGGAUUCCAUGGGGUUUGUGCUAGAGGACUUCUCCAGGUUUGGAAGCCUUUGCUUUUGAGGUGUGUCUUUUUUGUUUGUUCUUAGACAAGUGGAACAUAUUUAGCUUGUGGUUGUACAACUGAGCCUACAAUAAGCACACUUUGACUUCUAUAACAUCAUUGGCUCAGUUUCUGCAAAAAGCUUUUUUCUCUCAUUUUGGAUAGGUUUAUUUGUUCUUUUGAAGAGGGAUACCAACUGUUUGUUGAAACAGUACUGUGUAAUUAAUUGUUUGAAACUGUAAAUAGGCAGAAAUAGAUAUUAUUCAGAGGCCAACAAAAACAGAGCGAGCCUGGAAAGAAUCAAGCCUGGCUCACUCACAGCACAGCAAACCUGCUCAUUUAAGUUAUAUUGAUCAUCCAAAUGCAUGUGUAACAGAGCGUACCCCAAUAUUUAUGUUAAAUUGUGUGAAGAUUUAGAAACUUCUAUUUUUCAGCCAAAUGUUUAUUUUUUAAACCCUUAAUAAUUGUGUUACAGACAUUUUUUUAUCUGUUUUAAAUGGUACUGUUGCCUACUAGCUUUGCUGUUAACAAGGUGUUUACAAAUUAUCACCCAUAUGUUAAAUAUAAUGGGACUUGCCAUGUGGCAGUCCAGACCUAUGAUGUCACUUAUCUUUAUUCCAGUUUGUUUUAGUGUGUUAUUUUUAACAGGUAGGUGUUUUGUAAAAAAAAUCAAAAACAACUCGAACACCAAUUUUUGGAAUAGCAGUUUUCCUAAGUACUUGAGAAUUGUGUAACUUUGUAGAACUGAAGUACCUUUUUCUUUCAAAGUGGUUGGAGCCUUACCUGGUAUCUAGCUAUAAACUUUGAUUCUGGCACACUCUGAAAAAUGCUUACAUUAUUGUUUGUACUUCACCUGACUGACUGGUUCCAACACUUUCUUGGCAUAUGGAGAGUACAAAUUUGUUGGCCCUGAUUCAGACCUUGGUAGGCUUCUAGUGAAGACGUGGAGAUACAUAUAAGCAUCUCCACCUGCAUAGCAACCUGCAUAGGCAUGCUCCCCAAACUGCCAAGUAUGGACUGGAGCUGUGGGUCAUUGCCCCACUCUCCCUUUGGCCAGUAAAAAGCACUUCAUGACAGCUGAACCAGCUGCCUUCUAAAAAGAGGAGAAGUUGAAUGUUUAAGAGAUGUAACUACAGCUUUACUUUUUAGUAACACUAUAUGUUGUGAAUAUUUCAUUAUUAUUAUUAUUAUUUAUUGAUUUGGAGGAGUCCCAUUUCUCAACGGAUUGACAGCUUUAUCUGCUUUGGUUUCAUUUUGUAGACAUGGGAUGUUUGCUCUUUUGUAUGCGUUAGUGUGAAAACAUGGCACUGCAGCAUAUAUGUGUGACUCACUUAAAAUGGCAGGAUUUGCCAUUCUGUUUUUCCGCUUGGGGACUAAAAAAAACACCCUGGUGGGAUCCUUGCAAUACAUUCCUUGGAAGGGGAAGGGGAUUGGGUAAUUAGCAGCACUCGAGCAAAAGACUGCUGUUGUCUUACAACAAGAUUGUUUCACCCUUGGUGGUCACACAGAGAGUCAAUGGGUAUCAAACACAGCAGCAGCAUCCUCAUCCCUGGAUGGUCAUGGGAUCUGAGGAUAAGCUUUCAAUGUUGAGCUCAUGAAACAGGAGCAGCCAUCCUACAGCUACAAAAUUUAACAAAACAUAAAACACGUAGUGGGUUGGGAGCUAUGUGCCUGUGUGAAAGCAAUUUUGACCCCUGAUUGCUUAUGAAUCACACACACACACACACACACACACACAAUUUUUCUGCUAGGUUUUUUUAAAAAUUGGUGCAAGCACUUUACCUUAUCUGUAGUUUUUCUUUAGAAUUAGUAAGUUAAACUAGCUCAUCAUCUUAGACUAUUGUAGAAGUUACCGUAACUGUUUUAAGUACACCUGUGGCAGCUUACAUGAUUUGAGGAUUACACACCAAUAAAUGCCUGAACAAGUCUAUUAAAGUUGGAAAACUUUUGCACUGGCAUGAUAGGUUCAUAGGAGGGGCUCCUCACAAGUGUCUAGAUGAUAAAACAGUAGUGACCUGACCAUGGGCCUAUUGCUGUCUCCAGGUCUGUUUUGAGAUGUGUUAAUCCUGCAAGCAAAGUAACCUCGCCUUGUAUGUUGACAGCAGCUCAGUGCCAUCCAUGUAUUUCCCCCACUCCCACCCCUCUCAUGCACACAUAGAAAAAACCUCUAUCUUGUAAAUGUCAAAGGUAUUUUUAUAUUAGAUUAUGCCAGUGAUGAGAAUAAUCUCAGUUGUAUUUUAUGUAAUUGGAAUAAGUUUUUAUACUUUAUAGCUCGGAGGCAUGGUCUAAUAGCAAUAACAGAGUAAGCAUCUCAUUGGUUUAAUAUAUAUAUAUUAUUAAGAAUUUACCAGGUCUGGUAUAUUUUUUGUUGUUGCUGAUACCUUAUUGCAUUAUGAUGUCCUUCAAGUGAAUAACUUUAAUUUUUACAUGUUACUUCAGUUUGUUUACUUUGGUGUGCUAUAAAUGCCUUUAAUUUACAGAACCUGUACUUUAAAUAAAAAAUAUUUCUGCUGAGUAAAAUUAAGAACAAGAUUUGAGGGUUUUCCCUUCUUUGUAAUUACCCUUCAGUUAAGUAGCCUUCUAGUGAUAAAUAUGCAUAGUUUUUCAAGGGUACCUGGAUGUUUAUCAAAGUGAAUGGUGUAACUUAUGGCCAAAUUUGAUGUGGUGCAGGAGACAUGGAGGGUUUCCCAAUAGUUUUUGUUUAAUGCAGUUGGAAGGGCAUUAUUAAUUUGAUCAGAGUUGGAAUGAGGGUGAUGCUUAACCACCUACAGUACUGAGCAAUACCCACAAGCACUUGGGAGAAUAAAUACUUAGGGCCUGUUACCUUUUUCCAUUCCGGACAGAAGGAAUUUUGAUGAGAGAAAGGAUUAAAUUCCCCUUCUGCUCUCUUCAAAUUAGGGUCAUAUCUAGGCUGGGUCUUUAGGCCUAGUUUUCCUCUGAGGUGGUAGGCCUGUGCUUGGCUUCUUUCAAGAAAGUCUGCAGAAGUGGGCUCACAAGAUUAAAUGUUCCUCUGUAUUUAACAACCACAACACCUCCACAUAGAGGACUAGCUUCUCAGGAAAAGAAGUUUCUAACCUAGAAUCCUUCUUCCUAACACCUAGUUUUCUGUGUACAGCUCAGAUUGGUUUAUCACCUCAGUGAGAACAAAGGCUGAAAUGUUCUAGGCUGCCACAGGAACCUCAAUGUUUGUUCUUCAUCAUGAUGUUUUAGUUUCUCCAGGUUUCGCAGAUUGAGUACUUCUACCAUAUUCAGCUCAGAACUGAUUCAUACUUGCAUAGAAAUAUCAGCGUACAGAAUACAUGUGCAGAUGUUGGUUGAAUGGUGAGCAUGCACUUAAAAUUGCUGGUUUUCCAUAAAUAUACCUGGUUACAAGGGUGUGUGAUCCUUUCCUUUUAGUUUCCUCCGUGUCUACUAUAGGGAAACCCAGCUGUUUAAUAGUACUCAUGCCACUCACAGUUGAUGCACUGCCCAUGUCUUGUGUAUGCAUAAUUCAACCUAUGAAUUGGGUCUCAGUUGUGGCUUGGGCAACAGUAUUCCACGUGUGCUGCAAAGACAUGUUUCCAAUGCAAAAUCUGUACUUGUUUACUGUUUUAAAAAAAUGUUUUCCUUAAAAGAUGUAUUCACUCCCCCCCCCCCCGGAGCAAACACUUUAUGUUCUGCCACUAAACUUUCAAUGUUUGUUUCUUAUUUUCACAUUGGUUCUUAAAUAAAAUCUGUAGAACAUU